CGGCUUCUCUCCCAAACUGCAGCUCGGUUUUGCUUGCUAAAUUAUGGUUUUCGAUCGUUCUGUCAGUUAGCAUUGAGAUUGAAUCUUCAGUUUAUGCGAGUGAGGUAAGUAAAUUUAUGGUAAUGCCUAUACUGUUUUUAAAAGCAUGUUUUGAUUUGUUUUUGAAGUGAUAGCGGGACUAAACCCGUUUUACACAAGCAUGACUGAUUUGAAGUGAAAUGUUUUAUGCUUUUCAUUAAAUUGAGCAUGCCUACUUGAAAUUUAAGUGAUUGUCCUGAUGAUCUGAAAGUGAGUGUGAAUUGUGAUUUUCCUGUUAACUUCUACCUGUUUUGUCUCCGAUGUGGUCAUGUUAUUAGUGACCCUGCUAGUGGGGGAGGUUAUAAACGCUAGCACAUGUCGACAUGUUAGUGAAAGAGCUGGUUCGUUCAACCCUGCUAGUGGGGGUUAUACACCAGCAAAUUGUGUGCCUGCCAGUGGGAGGUUUAUAACACUGGUCGUGACCUAUAGAGGAGACGUCUAUUUUGUUCUCGUACUGUAUCCGUUUUGCGUGAUUGCACAUGUUGGCAUGCUAUAAGUUUAAUUAAGGGCAAUUCAUAUUUACUUACUGAGUUUAUCUCAUAGUUUUCCUUGUCCAUCAUUUCAGGAAGUGAAACCGAGGACGGGGAAACCACGGGAAGUGACGAGUUAGAAAGCUAGCCAUUUCGAGAUUGAUAUAAAUUUUAGAAGUAAAUCAUGAUCUUGUAUUUGGAGAUUUUAUGAUAUCAGAGAGAAUUUUAUAAUUUGAUCUUCAGAUUUUGGUGGUAUCAGAGUGUGAUAUGAUAAAUUCCGAGCCUUGUG